AUACAUACAGUGUGGAACAGCACCGUGUCUGGAUUUUUCCGAUAACCUCCUUCAUUGUUCCAAUGGAAACAACUUAAUACAAUUACAACCUUUAUUCUUCUUAAUUUCAUUCAUGUUCAACCUUAACUUAUCUUAAUUUCUCUUCUUUUUCUUUCUUUGUCCACCUGUCACAAAAAUUAAACAUCUCUCUCUAUAAAUAAAUCACACAAUUCUUGUAUACCCGGUUUUUUCUUCAUUUUCUUUUUGUUUCUCACCAACCCUAGAACAUUCUUCUGUUCUUUUCCCCUCACUCUUUCUCUCUCACCAUAGUUUACAUGUUCAAAGACACACACACACACACACACACACACAAAAGUAAGUGUUAAUCAAACUCCAACUUCAACUCAAAAAAGAAAAAAUGUUAACAUGCUUUUGUAGUAGAUUUGAGAGAACAAAAAUAAACAUAAUUUUAUCCUAUUUUGCAUUUCAAGGUACCCUUUUACACCAAAGGAAAGAAUAGUUAAGAAAUUCAACAAUUCCUGAAAAUCAGGCAGCAAAGAAGACAGGGAAAAGCUAUAAAUACUAUUAGCAGAAGCUAAAAAGGAUUUGGCUCAGAUCAGAUACCCAUCUGCAAAUUUUUCUGCUUUAGCUUAAAAACAAAGCAGAAACGGUUCAGAUCCAAGUUUUGCAGGAAAGAGGUGUGUGUGUGAAAGCUAGUUGAGGGUGUGUUUGGUUUUGAAAGUGUUUUUUCUGCAACUGCAAAAAGCUAAACAAGGGCCUCCUGACUUGGACCGUGAUAUAUCAGACAGUAAAAAAAAGUCUUUUUUAUCACUACACAGCCAAAACAGUGUCUGAAUUUUCGUCAUCAAUGCAACAAAGGACACAUUUUUAACCCCACACACAAGCACAAACAUUUUCUCUCUCUCUCUAGCACAACACAAGUCUAAUAAAUAAACCAAACAUUAUUAUUAUUAUUAUUAAUUAAAGAGGAAAACCAAGUUGGUUUGUGUUGUUUGCAAAAGGCAUGAUUGUGGUAUGGAGGAGGAUGAGAUUCAAGUUCAAUCACAAAACCAGUCAUGUAAAUUUCCAAGAGUUGGAAACAACAGAAAUGAUCAAGAAGAAGAUUUAGAAGAUGGAUCAAUGAGAAGAGUAGGAGGAUGUGAUGGAAACACAAACAGAUUAAAUAAUUGGCAUCAUUCAUCAAGAAUCAUAAGGGUUUCAAGAGCUUCUGGUGGAAAAGAUAGACACAGCAAAGUAAUGACUUCAAAAGGUUUAAGAGACAGAAGGGUUAGACUUUCUGUAACAACAGCUAUUCAAUUCUAUGAUCUUCAAGAUAGGUUGGGUUAUGACCAACCAAGUAAAGCUGUUGAAUGGUUGAUUAAAUCAGCUUCUGAUGCUAUUUCUGAAUUACCUUCACUCAAUAACACAUUCCCUAAUGAUGAUGAUACUAAUCAACUACUACAACCAAGUAGUGAACAACAACAAGGUCUUGAUUCAGCUGAUGCAGAAAUGAUUGAGAAUGGUGAAAACAACAACUAUCAUCAGAAUCAAAACAACCAGAACAAUCUUUGUUUGUCUAAAUCUGGUUGUAGUAGUACUUCUGAAACAAGUAAAGGUUCUGGUUUGUCUUUGUCAAGGUGUGAUAUUCGUGUGAGUCGUGUUAAGGCUAGAGCAAGAGCAAGAGAAAGAACAGCUAAAGAAAAGGAAAAAGAGAACAAUGAGUGUUCUCAUCAUCAUCAACAACAACAACAACAUCAAAUUUCUCAAACAGCUUCAUUCACUGAACUACUUACUGGUGGAAUCAACAAUGCAGUUGCAAAUAGUCCAAGAGGGUCAUCAAUUGAUGAAGCUGAUCUUUUCAACAAAGCAAGACAACAACAAUGGAAUUCAGCAGCACCAAUGGAUCAUUACUUUAAUUCAGUACUUCUUGGACCUUCUUCUUCUUCAUCAUCAAGAACACAUCAUCAAUCUUUGUCACAAAUCCAAUUAGGACAUUCACUUCAUGAACAACAUCAUCAAUCAAUGUCAUUCAGCAAUAAUAGUGGUGAAAAUCAGAAUCAUCAGAUGCAGCAGCAGCAGCAGCAGCAUCAAUUUUCAUUCAUACCAGAUAAUAAUGAUUACAAUCUGAACUUUAAAAUAUCUUCUUCUUUGGGCCUUGCUGGUUACAAUAGGGGGACCCUUCAGUCCAAUUCUCUGUCUCAUCUUCAGAGGUUUUCAGUUUCACCUAUAGAUCAUGGAUCCAAUGUAGUAGUACCUUUUUUCAUGGGUGGAGGAGGAGGAGGAGGUGCUUCUUCUGCUACUACUGCUUCACCUUCACCUUCAGAUGCUACUCCUACAAUGGAGAAUAAUCAUCAGAUUCAUCAUCAUCAUCAUCAGUUUUCAUCUGUUUUUGAUGGUAGCCGUUUGCAGCUAUAUUCAGAUCACAAAGGGAAACCCAAAAACUGAGUUUCACUUUUCUUCCUGCAGGAUUUGAAAAAAUGGAGUACUAGCUAGAACAAGAUGUGUGGCAAAGCCUGGCUUCACAAAAACAGUUGAUAUGCUAGCUGUUGUCAUCAAGUGUUGAUUUUUCUUGUUGGAUCAUUUUCAAAGUCAUUCAAUUGCAUUCAGUAUUUUUGCAUUUUCAUUUUCAUUUUUAAUCUAUUUAUUAUGUAUGCGUGCAAAGUUCAUUGUGUUUUGGAGAAAUGUAAAAGGUACUUUGACAUUUGAAGAUAUUCUUUUACUUUCUAGUCUACGAUUAUUUUUUUUUCAUCUAUGAAUCUAUAUAAGCUGGGAAAAGAGCUUUCUAUCA